AUGGACAGGAAGAACCUGAGAAAAUUUUACUUAAUGGAGUCAUUCUUUGAAUCAUGGGAGCUCUCAGUUUAUGCAAAUGCCAUUACAUUGUACAGAAAAAAAGGAUGUAAUGCCAUUUUUUUCAUCUAUCCAAAUGUGCAGGGCACAGAGGCAGAAUCAAAUGAAGACUAUGGGAUGUUAUUCAGAUUAUCACAGGAGGGAGGCAUCACCUAUACAAAUUUAAUCCAGCAAGUCUCUGUCUCACCUAAUGCAAAUCUUGCUGGUGCUGAGGUGGCAGGUGGUCUUCCUCUGCUCCAAAACACUUAUGGUAGUUUCAUGCAGCUAUUGCAAGCUCCUAUUGAAUCAGAGAGUGCUCUAUAUUUGACAUCCAAUAGAUUUGAGUAUGACAACACCUUUUGGGGUUUUGAUCCUCACAAUGGUUAUCAACAAAAUGACCUGCAAAAUGCACAAACAGACACCUCUCAGAUGUGCAACUCUUUGCCACAAAGUGUAGCUGUGCAUCCUCCUGUGGCAUCACUGGACAUGCUAUAUAAUGAAAUGCAGAAAUCAAGCGCUGAUAUUGAUAAUCAAGCUGAGAUGUGCAGGCCAACACACUUUGAGCAAGCAAUAGAAGAGGAUUUAUUGUCUGAUCAUGCAAUAGUUACAUUUCAGCAAGUUGAGGAAAAGAACAAGAUAAAAAGAGGUGGUCAGGAUGCUAACAGUGCACAUGUGCCAUCAAUCAACAAAGUUUUUGCUGAUGAGAAUGAAGCUUUUGACUUCUACAAUGGUUAUGCUUAUAUGGUUGGUUUCUCUACAUGCAAAGCUAGCAAUUACCAUAGCAGAAAAACCGAUGUUGUGACAAGGCACACGUUCAAAUGCAACAGGUGGAGGAAACCAAGUGAUCCAAAGGAGAAGGACUUACCUGAGGUUGAUGAAGCUGAGAAUUGUUUGCAAACAAACACAACAAAUCCAUUGGUAAAAAAGAGAAAACAGAACAAAGUGGUUUACACAAAUUGCAAAGCUGAGAUGGUGAUAACAUUGAAGAGGGGCUUUUGGGGUGGCUUGUCUGCAGUUCCUUACACAAAAAAGGCUGUGAGCAAUUAUAGAGAUUUUGUUAGAAGAGAAAGUGGGAAAAAUGACAUGAUGCAAUGUUUGGAUUUUUUUGAGAAGAAAAGAUCAGAGGAUCCAUUGUUUUAUUUCAGAUUCAGAACUGAUGAGAACAAUGUUGUGAAGAGUCUGUUUUGGUCCGAUGGGAACAGCAGAAAAUUUUAUGAGAUGUUUGGUGACAUAGUUAGUUUUGACACGACGUACAAGACAAAUAGGUAUGAUUUGCCCUUUGCUCCAUUUGUAGGGAUAACUAGUCAUGGUGACAAUUGCCUAUUUGGUUAUGCAUUCCUACAAGAUGAAUCAAGUGAGACUUUUCAGUGGUUGUUCAAUACGUUCCUUGAUUGUAUGGGUGGCAAGCUUCCUGCUACUAUUAUAACUGAUCAAGACUUGGCAAUGAAGGCUGCUAUUGCCAUAGUUUUUCCAGACACUGUUCAUAGGAAUUGCCUGUUCCAUAUGUUAUCAAAUGCAAGGGACAAAACAGGAAGGACAUUCAAUUCAGAGGAUGAAGAAGUUUACAAGGAUUUCCAUGAUAUUGUUACAAAAUCACAGACAGAGGCUGAAUUUGAAUAUUUGUGGAAAGAUUUCAUAAGAAGGAAUAAUCUGUAUAAUGUUAGGUAUUUUCAGCUUAUAUGGGUCACUAGAAAGAGAUGGGCACUAGUUUACUUCAAAAGCAAUUGGUGCCCUUUGAUUCAGACAACAGCAAGGAGUGAGGGGACAAAUUCAAGGUACAAAGCUGACAUUUGUUCAUCUCAUAGUGUUUCUGCAUUCCUAGCACAGUAUGAAAGGAUUGCAGAAACAAUUUAUGAGUGCUUCAAAGAACAAGAAUCGCUGACUAGGAAUACUGUUCCAGAUACUUGGUCAGAAUAUCAAUUUGAGAAGCAAGCUGCAAAACUGUAUACUAGGAAGAUAUUUUGGGCAUUUCAGCGUAUCUUGCAAAGCUAUACCAAGUAUGAUGUGACCGUGAAAGUGCGUGAUUCUAUUUUUGAGGUGUACAAAUCAGAGAUUCAUGCACUACAGGAUUUCAGAAAAAGGAAGUAUAUUGUGGUUGUUGAUACUAUAUCUGAAGAAUAUGAAUGUAUCUGUUCAAGAUUUAAGAAGGAUGGUAUUUUGUGUGUUCAUGUGCUCAGAGUACUCAUUCACUUGAACAUAACAAAACUACCUGAGAAAUAUUUUAUUGAAAGAUGGAGGCUGAAAGACAAAAACCAAGAAUUAUCUGUGCCAAACACAUUGAUGUCUGCUACUGUUCUUGAAAGCAACCCUUUACUCAGGUUCAACAUCUUGUCACAGAAAAUGAUUAAGUUGGCUUCUGAUGCAUCAAAAACAAAAGAAAAGUUUAUAUAUGUGAUGAAUGAAAGUGACAAGAUUGAAGAUGGGUUGAAGGCAAUGAGUGAUACGGCUCCUAACAAGGCUACUGUUCAUGUUCAGGAUGCGGCGGCGACAACUUGUGGUGUAGCUUCUGUUGGUGCUCAAAGUGGUAUAUUGAUGGGUCCUAGUGGUGUUGGUAUUGAUGCUGAGAGCACAAAGGGUGCGGUUGCUGAAACUGAAACAACAGAUAUGGUUGGAAUUGCUUCUACUUCUGUUUUACUGGAUCCAAAAUGCUCUAAUAUCAAAGGCAGGCACAAGAGUGAGCCAAGAAAAAAGAGGCUGAUAGAUGUGAUUAGAAGCAAGGGUUUGGUGACAUGUAGUGGUUGUGGAUCCCAUGACCAUAACAUUCGCACUUGUCCCAAAAAAAAGAGAAGCCAAAUGCAACAGAAGUGA